AGAUUAUCUAAGAUACAGGUAAUAUUCUAAAAGAUAAUAUCUUCAGAUGUUUCUUAUAUUUCUAACAGAAGAGAUUCAAGACAACAGAAAAUUCAAUCAAAGGGAAGAAGAAAUAAAGAUUGACGAAGUAACAGGAAUGCAAACACCACAGGAAGAAGUCCACACAACAUCACCCACUCCUACCUUUGUCAAAAGUCAUACUGAUAUAACUCAGGAGCAACAAGCAUUCCAUUUUAAAGAAUCAAAUGUGAUUGCUACCGCCAAACAAAGCUGCAUACCAGAAUUUGCACAUGACAGAAAUCCCACUGCUGUUCAGGAAAUUGAAGUAUUUGAAAUCAAGCACAAUGUCAACAGAGUAAUGGAGAAUUUGGACAAGGAAGAAACUGAAAUCAUAGAAAAUGAAAAAACAGACACCACGCAACUGAAUGAGGAGAGUGAUCAACAAGACAAACAACUAGAAGCAGAUAUUACAGACAAAUCUAACACAAAGGUGCAAACUCCAGGAUAUCUAACUGACGAAAAUGUAGAAAUAAACAUCACUGAUUAUGCUGAGGAAAAGAACCAAAAUCCAACACAUCAUGCCAAAGAGAAAGAAGGGAUUGAGGAUAUAUUCAAACAAGAGGAAAAAGAAAAAUUAAUUGAACAAACAACAAAUACACAAUCAGAGGAGGAAGAAGUCCAGACACAUGCUCCUGCCUUUGUCAUAGGUGAUACUAAUCAAACUCCACAUCAAGAAACAAUGCAUGCUGAUGAAUCAAAAGUGAUGGAUAAUGCAAAGCAGAGCUGCAUACCAGAAAUUGAACUCGAUGGAAAGCCCAUUGUUUUUCAGGAAACUGAAGUAUCAGAGAAUGUCAAAAGCGUAAUCGAGAAUUUGGACAAGGAGGAAACUGAAAUCAGAGAAAAUGAAAAAACAGACACCACACAACUGAAUGAGGAGAGUGGUGAACAAGACAAACAGCUAGAAGCAGAUAUUACAGACAAAUCUAACAAAAAGGUGCAAACUCCAGAAUAUGUUACUGAUGAAAAUGUAGAAAUAAACAUCACUGAUUAUGCUGAGGAAAAGAACCAAAAUCCAACAGAUCAUGCCAAAGAGAAAGAAGGGAUUGAGGAUAUAUUCAAACAAGAGGAAAAAGAAAAAUUAAUUGAACAAACAACAAAUACACAAUCAGAGGAGGAAGAAGUCCAGACACAUGGUCCUGCCUUUGUCAUAGGUGAUACUAAUCAAAUUCCACAUCAAGAAACAAUGCAUGCUGAUGAAUCAAAAGUGAUGGAUAAUGCAAAGCAGAGCUACAUACCAGAAAUUGAACUCGAUGGAAAGCCCAUUGUUUUUCAGGAAACUGAAGUAUCAGAGAAUGUCAAAAGCGUAAUCGAGAAUUUGGACAAGGAGGAAACUGAAAUCAGAGAAAAUGAAAAAACAGACACCACACAACUGAAUGAGGAGAGUGGUGAACAAGACAAACAGCUAGAAGCAGAUAUUACAGACAAAUCUAACAAAAAGGUGCAAACUCCAGAAUAUGUUACUGAUGAAAAUGUAGAAAUAAACAUCACUGAUUAUGCUGAGGAAAAGAACCAAAAUCCAACAGAUCAUGCCAAAGAGAAAGAAGGGAUUGAGGAUAUAUUCAAACAAGAGGAAAAAGAAAAAUUAAUUGAACAAACAACAAAUACACAAUCAGAGGAGGAAGAAGUCCAGACACAUGGUCCUGCCUUUGUCAUAGGUGAUACUAAUCAAAUUCCACAUCAAGAAACAAUGCAUGGUGAUGAAUCAAAAGUGAUCGAUAAUGCAAAGCAGAGCUACAUACCAGAAAUUGAACUCGAUGGAAAGCCCAUUGUUUUUCAGGAAACUGAAGUAUCAGAGAAUGUCAAAAGCGUAAUCGAGAAUUUGGACAAGGAAGAAACUGAAAUCAGAGAAAAUGAAAAAACAGACACCACACAACUGAAUGAGGAGAGUGGUGAACAAGACAAACAGCUAGAAGCAGAUAUUACAGACAAAUCUAACGAAAAGGUGCAAACUCCAGAAUAUGUUACUGAUGAAAAUGUAGAAAUAAACAUCACUGAUUAUGCUGAGGAAAAGAACCAAAAUCCAACAGAUCAUGCCAAAGAGAAAGAAGGGAUUGAGGAUAUAUUCAAACAAGAGGAAAAAGAAAAAUUAAUUGAACAAACAACAAAUACACAAUCAGAGGAGGAAGAAGUCCAGACACAUGGUCCUGCCUUUGUCAUAGGUGAUACUAAUCAAAUACCACAUCAAGAAACAAUGCAUAAUGAUGAAUCAAAAGUAAUCGAUAAUGCAAAGCAGAGCUACAUAACUGAAAUUCAACUGGAUGGAAAGGCCAUUGUUUUUCAGGAAACUGAAGUAUCAGAGAAUGUCAAAAGCGUAAUCGAGAAUUUGGACAAGGAAGAAACUGAAAUCAAAGAAAAUGAAAAAACAGACACCACACAACUGAAUGAGGAGAGUGGUGAACAAGACAAACAGCUAGAAGCAGAUAUUACAGACAAAUCUAACGAAAAGGAGCAAACUCCAGAAUAUGUUACUGAUGAAAAUGUAGAAAUAAACAUCACUUAUUAUGCUGAGGAAAAGAACCAAAAUCCAACACAUCAUGCCAAAGAGAAAGAAGGGAUUGAGGAUAUAUUCAAACAAGCGGAAAAAGAAAAAUUAAUUGAACAAACAACAAAUACACAAUCAGAGGAGGAAGAAGUCCAGACACAUGGUCCUGCCUUUGUCAUAGAUGAUACUAAUCAAAUUCCACAUCAAGAAACAAUGCAUAAUGAUGAAUCAAAAGUGAUGGAUAAUGCAAAGCAGAGCUACAUACCAGAAAUUCAACUGGAUGGAAAGGCCAUUGUUUUUCAGGAAACUGAAGUAUCAGAGAAUGUCAAAAGCGUAAUCGAGAAUUUGGCCAAGGAAGAAACUGAAAUCAGAGAAAAUGAAAAAACAGACACCACACAACUGAAUGAGGAGAGUGGUGAACAAGACAAACAGCUAGAAGCAGAUAUUACAGACAAAUCUAACAAAAAGGUGCAAACUCCAGAAUAUGUUACUGAUGAAAAUGUAGAAAUAAACAUCACUGAUUAUGCUGAGGAAAAGAACCAAAAUCCAACCGAUCAUGCCAAAGAGAAAGAAGGGAUUGAGGAUAUAUUCAAACAAGAGGAAAAAGAAAAAUUAGUUGAACAAACAACAAAUACACAAUCAGAGGAGGAAGAAGUCCAGACACAUGGUCCUGCCUUUGUCAUAGGUGAUACUAAUCAAAUUCCACAUCAAGAAACAAUGCAUGGUGAUGAAUCAAAAGUGAUCGAUAAUACAAAGCAGAUCUCCAUACCAGAAAUUGAACUGGAUGGAAAGGCCAGUGUUUUUCAGGAAACUGAAGUAUCAGAGAAUGUCAACAGAGUAAUUGAGAAUUUGGACAAGGAAGAAACUGAAAUCAGAGAAAAUGAAAAAACAGACACCACACAACUGAAUGAUGAGAGUGGUGAACAAGACAAACAGCUAGAAGCAGAUAUUACAGACAAAUCUAACAAAAAGGUGCAAACUCCAGAAUAUGUUACUGACGAAAAUGUAGAAAUAAAUAUCACUGAUUAUGCUGAGGAAAAGAACCAAAAUCCAACACAUCAUGCCAAAGAAAAAGAAGGGAUUGAGGAUAUAUUCAAACAAGCGGAAAAAGAAAAAUUAAUUGAAGAAACAACAAAUACACAAUCAGAGGAGGAAGAAGUCCAGACACAUGGUCCUGCCUCUGUCAUAGGUGAUACUAAUCAAAUUCCAUAUCUAGAAACAAUGCAUGCUGAUGAAUCAAAAGUGAUGGAUAAUGCAAAGCAGAGCUACAUACCAGAAAUUGAACUGGAUGGAAAGGCCGUUGUUUUUCAGGAAACUGAAGUAUCAGAGAGCUUGUACAAAAAGGAUGCAACUGAAAUCAGAGUAAAGAAAGAAAUAGAUGCCAAAAAGUUGACUGAUUCAGAGAUGCCAAAGCCAAAAAUUGAAGAAGAUGGAGCUCUGAAACCAAUAGCCAAUGCGGAACUGGUCAGAACUGAAGCAGUUGAGGAGAGUGGUAAACAAGAGACACAGCAAAAAAAAGAUAUUACUGAGGAGACUGCAGAUGAAUCUAACAAGGAGGUGCUAAUUAAGAAAUUUGCUAUUACUGAGAAGACUGCAGAAAUAAACACCAAUAAUUGUACUAAGGAACAUGACACAGUUGAAACAUCUCCUGCCAAGGAACAAGAAGGAACUGGGGAUGGUGCAAAAUUACAUGAAGAAAAAGCAAACGGGAUUGAAGAAAAAACCAAAACUCAGAACCCAGAGGAAGAAUUCCAGACAAGUUCUCCCACUCCUGCCUUUGUCCAAGGUGAUAGUGGUCAAACUUUGCAGCAAGAAACAGUGAAAAUUGAUGAAUCAGAAGUUCUUGAUAAUGACAAGCACAGAUCCAUACCUGAAAUCGAACUUGAUGGAAAGUCCACUGUUGUUCAGGAAACUAACAAUCCAGAAAUCAAGGACAACAUCAGUACCGGAGCAGAGGAUUUAGACAACAAAGAUGCAAUUGAAGUUCAGGCAGAGGAAGGAGCAUAUGUCAAACAAUUGACUAAUGUGGAGAUACCAAAUUCAGAGAUCAAAGACACAGAGGUGCCAGAGGAUGAAGUUCCUCAACCAAUAGAAGUGGCAGCAGCAAUUGAAACAGUUGACGACAUUAAUCAAAAAGAGAUAAAGAUCGAAGAAGACAUUACAGAGAAAAAAUCUAACAAAGAUGAACAAUCAUCACAAUAUGUUGCUACGGACACUACAGAAAUAAAGACCAAUAGCUAUACUGAUGAACAUGACAAGGUUCAAACAUCUCAUGCUGAAGUAAACCAAGGGACUGAGGGUGAUGAAAAUUUUGGUCAAGUGGAAGAAGCUAAAGGUAAUGAAGAAACGAACAAAGUGCAAUUACCUGAGGAAGAAGUCCAGAUAAGAUCACCCACUCCUGCCUUUGUUCAAGGCGACACUGAUCAAAUCUCUCAGCAAGAAUUACUGCUAGUUGAUGAGCCAGAAGUUAUUGAUUAUGUUGAGCAGAGCUGCAUACCAGAAAUUGAACUUGACAGAAAGUCCACUGUCGUUCAGGAAACUGAAAAACCUGAGACCAAGAACAAUGUCAGCAUUGUAACAGAGAAUUUAGGCACCAAUGAUGCAAGUGAAAUCAUAGCAAAGGAAGAAACAGAUGCUGAAAAAUUGGCUGAUGUAAAGAUCGUAAAGUCAGAAAUCAAAGGUGUGCCAAAAGAUGAAACUCUGAAACCAACAGCCAAUGCAGUUUUGCUUAGAACUGAAGCAGUUGAGAAGAAUAGUCAACAAGACAAACAGCAAGAAGCAGAGGUUUCAGACAAAUCUAUCAAAGAGGUGCAAAGCCAAGAAUAUAUUACAGAGGGAAGUGCAGAAAUAAACAUCAAUAAUGAGGCUGAGGAAAAGGACAAAAAUUCAACAUCUAAUGCAGAAAAAAAAGAAGGGACAUCUCAUGCAGAAGAAAAAGAAGGGAUUGAGGAUAUAUUCAACCAAAAGGAAAAGGAAAAAGAAAUUGAAGAAGCAACAAAAACACACUCAGUGGAGGAGGAAGAAAUCCAGAGAAGAUCACCCCCUCCUGGCUUUGUCCAAGGUGAUACUAACCAAAUUCUGCACCAAGAAACAUUGCAUAUUAAUGAAUCAGAAGUGAUUCAUAAUGCCAAGCUGAGCUACAUCCCAGAAAUUGAACUUCAUGAAAAGGCCAUUGUUGUCCAGAAAAGUGAAAAAGUAGAAACCAAGGACAAUUUUGACAGAGUAAGAGAGAAUUUAAACAAGGAUGAAAGUGAAAACAGAGCAGAGGAAGGAAUAGAUGUCAACCAAUUGACUGAUUUGGAGAUGCCAAAGUCAGAAACCAAAGCAGGUGUGCUUGAAGAUGACUCUCUCCAACCAAUGCCUGACACAGUAUCUGUUGAAAAGGAAGCGGUUAGUGUGAGUCAAGAAAAGAGACAGCCACAAGAAGAAUUUAUUAAGAAAGUUAACAAAGAGGUGCAGACACCACAGUAUUUUACUGAGGAUAGGGAAAAAAUAGAGACCACAAAUGACACUGAGGAACAAGAAGAGGUUCCAACAUCUCAGCCUAAAGAGAAAUCAGGAAACAAGGAUGAUGACAAAUUUGAACAAGAAGAAGAAAAAAUAGGGAUCGAAGAAUCAACAAAAACACAGUUACAAGACAAAGACAUCAGCACAACAAUAGGUGAGCCAGAAGAUAAAGCCUUGAUAACAAGGCUCAAUUCAUCAUCAAAUGGCAAUGAAGGACUUGAUGAGAUUAGUCCAGAAAAAUUUACAGAGAACUUGAACAAAGAUGUGCAGACACCACAGCGCAAUACAAAGGCGAACACAGAAACAAACAUUACAUCUUAUCCUGACAAAUUAGAAGAAGCAGAGGAUAUUGAAGAAUCAAUAGAGAAACAGUUAGCAGAGGAAGAAAUACAACACACAUUGCCCACUCCAACAUCUGUCCAAGAAGAUAUUGAUCAAAUGUCACAGCAACAAACACUGCAUGAUGAUGAAAUAGAAGUGAUUAGUAAUGCCAAGAGCUGUAUGACAGAAAUUGAACUUGAUAGAAAGUCUAUAGUUGUUGAGGAAUCUAAACAACCGGAAACCAAGGCAAAUGAUGACUUAGUGAAAGAAGAACAGGCAGACCAUCAAUCAAAAGAAUCGAGGGAUCAAAGUUUCAUUACAAACUAUAUAAUAGUUGAAAGACAUACGACAUCAGAAAGCAAUAAAGAAUUAAGUGAUGAUGUUGACCUUGAUGGACAGAAGAAACUAGAAUCACACUUGGAGGAGUUUUUAGAGAUUAAGGAUGCCAGUGAAAUCAGAGCAAAAGGAAUACACUCCAAACAACUGACUGAUGUGGAGAUAAAAAAAUCAGAAACUGAAGGUGUGGCUGAAGAUAAAGGAAUGCAAACAAUGUCCAGCACAUCAGUCAAAAAUUAUGCAAUUAAUGAAUGUUGUCAAGAAGAGAUUCAACCACGAGAAGAAUAUGCUGAGACGCAUAUCAAAGAAGUGAAGAUGCCACACUAUGAAUUUAAUAUGCAAAAACAUAUUCCUGAGGUAUAUGGGGUAGAGGAAGAUACAUGUCAGACCAGGGUGGUAAAUGAACAGAAGUUAGAAUCCCAGCUGGCAUCACUAAACAAGGAGGCCACAUUCAUAGAUAAUCGGUAUUCAGAUGGAGAGAUAGAAAACGCAAACGCCAUUAGUGAUAUAGAGAAAGAAGUGAAUCCAAAAUCACACACCAAGCAGAAAUUAGUGAUCCACGAUAGUAUAUUCAAUGAAGAGGAAGCAAAAGGAAUUGAAGAAAUGACAAAAAUAAAAUUACUAAAUUCAGCAACAGACUGUCCACCAGAAGAAGAAGUCCAGCCAAAAUUGCCUGAUCCUGCAACUGUCCAAGGUGACACUGAUCAAAUCUUACAGCAACAAACACUUCCCAGUGAUGCAUUAGACACAAUUGAUAACAACUUGAGAAGCAUUCCAGAAAAUGAACUUGACAGAAUGUCCACUAGUGUUGAGGAACCUGAAACCAAGGCAAACAUCAACAUAGUAGAAGAGAAAUCAGACAAACAAUCACACGAACCUAGCAUGCAAAGUCUGAUUACAGAUUAUAUAACAGCGGAAGGCCAUUUAGCAUCUGAAAACAGUUCAAAAUUAAGUUAUGAUAAGAAAGAACAGAAGACAGUAAACUUGCAGAUGGUAGAGAAUUUAGGGAUCAUGUAUGCAAGCAAAACGACCACAGAGGAAGUAACAGAUGCCAAACAACCAACUGGCGUGGAGUUAGAAAAAACAAAAAACGAAGAAUUGAUCGAAAAUAAAACACUUGAUGAGAGUAAUCAAGAAGAGAUGCAACCAGAAGAAGAUUUUUCAGAGACAUAUACCAAAGGCAAGAAGACACCACAAUCUAGCAUGGAGAAUGUAAAUUCAGAAGGAAUGGAAAUAACUGAAAACAGUUCAAAGUCAAGUUAUGCUGAGGAAGAACAAGAACAGGUUAUAAACACAUACACUAUAGAAAAUUCAGAAAUCAAGGAUAGCAGAAUAAUCAAGCUAGAAGAAGCAUCUGAUAUAAAAGAAGCCACAGAUGAAUCUGUGGAUAAAGCCAUCUCCUUUUUAUCUACCAUACCAUCUGUAAGAAUUGGGAUAGUUGAUGAAAGCAUUCAAGAAAAAAUACAAAAGGAUGUUCAACCCGCAGUGAUCAAUUCCAAAGCAGAGCAGAGACCAGAAAAUGAUUUUGUGAGGAACAUGGAAGUUCUCGAGGGGCCAGGCAACACCUCCGUGGAAAAUGACGAGAAAGUCGAAGUCCAAUCUGAAGCAAAUAACCAGAAGACCAUUAAAAAACAUCCAAAUUUAGAAGAACUGGAGACUGCAGAAAUAAGUCCAAGUAGUGAUACUAAAGAACUUGGAAAGGAACGUGAAGUUGCCAAACUUGGAGGUGUCUCUGAAUCUGUCUCCGUAGAUAUCACAGAACAUAUAGACACUGGAAAACUGGAAACUCAAGAGGCCGAAACUGGUACAUCGGGCAACACAAAAGAAGGAGAAGAAUUCGAAAAAAUAAGCCCGUCAUCGAGUGUUGGUGUCAUAUCCAGAGACUCUCAAGACAGUGGCACCAAAGUUUUGCACAAAAAAUCUCACGGCAUCCUGUCAGGUGUAGGAUCAAAGGUGAAGCACUCAAUUUCCAAAGUGAAGAAAGUCAUUACGGGCAAGUCUUCACACCCCAAGACACCACCAUCAUAAAAAUUAAAAAAUAAGUGCUCAUUAGACAACUACAUGCUGCUGUUGAAAAUAUAAUAUGCUCAUGUUGGGGAUUUUAGAGGGCUUAUUUCUUAUGUUUGAGUAAUUGGAUUGAUUUGUUUCAUUGAUGUAUUGUUUGGUUUGUCAUUGGUUUUGAAAUUUGAUCUUACGGAUGAUCUACUAUCCUUCUAAUCGGUGUAAUGUAUUCUUAUUCUCUUUUUAUGGAUUUAGUAUUUAUUUCAAAA